GUAUCAUCGAGCUUACAAUAUCAAAUCAAUUGUAAGUCGAUGCAUUUUUGUGAAAAAUAUGUCUAACCUCUUAUGUCUUUACUUGGCAUUUUGAGUUGCUUAUCUUUAAACUGUUCUGAAAGCAGUUGUACAACCAGUUCUUCAUUUGGAGCAUGUAGGAGCAGCUCUGAAGAAUACAUUUUUAAAAAGGUGAUACUUUUGUGACUACAUGAAGGAACCAAAGGGACCUACACCUGUCUGUGCUACAACCAGUUCUCAAUUUGGGUGAUGUUAAAGAUUUUUUAUUUUAUUUUUUAAUUAAAGAGUUUUAACUAAAUCAGUAUGGGUGAAUGGGCCUUCCUCGGCGGGCUAUUUGACAGCCUCCAAGCCCACUCCCCUAUGCUGGGACGCUUUUGGCUUUUACUCAUGCUGGUUUUUCGCAUUUUAAUCCUCGGAACCGUGGCUAGUGACUUAUUCGAGGAUGAACAAGAAGAAUUUGCCUGUAACACCCUUCAACCCGGAUGCAAGCAAGUGUGCUAUGACAUGGCAUUCCCUAUUUCACAGUACAGAUUUUGGGUUUUCCACAUUGUUCUAAUUGCUACUCCUUCCUUGCUUUUUCUUAUGUAUGCUAUGCACCAUCACAGCAAGAAGACUGGUAGAUCCAAGAGCAGUCAAAGUAGUUGUAUUGACUACAGAGAGGAGGCCAGAAUACGAAGGUUCUACUUGAUCAAUGUAGCUUUCAGACUUACUGCUGAAGUUGGCUUUUUGGUUGGCCAAUGGUUGCUAUAUGGUUUCAAAGUUGAAGCACAAUUCCCUUGUAGCCGCUUCCCAUGCCCUUACACUGUAGAUUGCUUCACAUCACGUCCUGCUGAAAAGACAGUCUUCCUAUGCUUUUACUUCAUCGUGGGGCUGGUGGCAGCGAUUUCCAGCUGUGCAGAACUCUUCUACGGCUCAAUGAAGUGGUUUUGUACAAGCCAGGGACAUGAGCAAGCCUGUGACUGUCAAAAUCUGCGCAAUUUUAAGCAGGAGGAUGAAGGGAGCAAGAUUCAAGUUAAUGAUCAGAACAGUGUCAAGCUAAAGGGAGCAUCUCUGAGGAGUGACACCCCCAGAAAGGGCACUAAUCAAGGACAAAAACAUAGGACUGGAAGCACACGAAUGCUCACAGUGUAAUUUAAUACUACUAAAUACUGGAUACUGGUUUGCAUUCAUCAUAUUCAUCAUUCUCCAUACAACUGCACAACUUACCCUUAUGUUAUGGAUAUCUUACAUCUUGUCAAAGUCACCAUUUUCAUCUCAUAUAUAGCCUAUUUUUAAUAUACGUCUUUGCUGUUUUUGCCAUGUUAAUUAUUUAGAUGUUUUUUCACUGUUUAUAUUUUGCUCUUUGCUAUUAUAAUGUGUGAGCUACUGUAUCCAAGUAAUUACCCUUGUGUAUUCAUAACGUUUGUCCAAGUCUGCCCAUUCUACAAUUUCAAAGUUUAAAGUGUAGGCCUACUAAUAUUGCUUUAACUAACUUAACUCACUUAAAUGAACUUACUACUCCUAAAAUUAGAAUUAUUAUGCACCCUUUUGGAAAACACAUUUGUUCUAUACAGGCCUACAGUACAUCUUUGAGUAUGGAAUGGUGUGACUUUCACUCAUUUUAGAACAGGAAGUUGCACAGAAAGGCUUUGAUGAGAAGAGGACAUGCCACACAUUGUUUCUUCAGAUGAGUCAUUAUGUCACUGAAACAAUCAACUAGGAAAAAACUCCUAAAUUUCAGUCAAAUUUGUUUUCAAACUUUUCCUUUGUUUCCAGAUCAAGGGAUGUCCAGCUUGGAAUUAGGCCUUAUUUCUCUGAUUUAUUUAUCUACUUUGUCUUGUUUUAUUUUUUAUUUUUUGAAAUUUUAUAUUUUAGUUCCACUGGGGAUAAUUUGGCCCCAAUUCAAAGCUAAUAAAUAAAUAAACUAGAAAAGCACUCAGAGAGCGCAGACCUCCGCCAAGGACUACCCCCAUUUUUUAUAUAAAUUGCGAUAAAAUCAGUCUUCUGCAUCAGAUCCGGAUCAGCCUUUGGAAUAUGAAAGAGGAUCCCAUUGUCCAUCCCUCAGUCAAAUUUCAUGGGGUUUGGUCAAUAAUUAACCGAGAUAUUGAGAAACAAAAUUUUUGGCCCCAUUUACCACAAUGUUAACUAAAAUUUCAAAGUGAUCCAGAAUCCAGGAUUUCUUCCGGAUCACCCCCAAAAUGAAAUCAGUUCAUUUCCAACAAAUCCUGAAAAUUUCAUCAAAAUCGGUCCAUAACUUUUUAAGUUAUGUUACUAACAGACAAACAAACAAACAGACAAACGCCGGCAAAAACAUAACCUCCUUGGCGGAGGUAAUAAAUUCUUUGAAAAAUGAACUGAAUACAGUGG